GUAUUCCAUAAUUGACUUCAGUUCUUCCAGAUUUAGUUAAUGAAAUAAUAGACCGAAUAUAUAUUAAGCAUCUACCAUGUUUAGUCAUACUGGAUUUUAAGCAAACUAUUUUUCCAGUGUUAAAAAUGUGGCAAUGAUACUACAACAAAUGAUUUACUAAUUUAAAAUAAAGAGGAAAAUAUUCAUCACAGAAUUUACUUAAACGAUUCUUCUCUCACAUUUGAAUUCUAAGUCAAAUAUGAUAUGAUGAAUCCACCUUUUACUCAGAUUUAUACCAGGCCCUCUUAGUGCUCUACUAAUUCACAGUUGGAUAGUGUAACAGUUAUACUAUAUGCUGUAAAUUUGCUUUUAGUAAGAAAUUUGACUUUGUGUCUUAUGGUAGCUUUUCGGAUAAGAUAAAGAAAUGUGCUCUGAAUGUCUUAUUGCUGAUGAACAACUAUUCCCAAAGAAUUUAGGAGUCAUUCUAAAGGGAAAUCUUUGUCGUUUAUUCUAUUUAACAGGUAUAGUAAGAUUUCCUAUUUGGGGUAGUACAAAGCUAGAUGAGAUAAUUAAUAGACAAAGAAUCAGAAUUUAAAUUUGUAUCGACUGCUUGAAUUGCUAGGUAGAAUUUAAUAGGGAUAAGUGUCAAAGCUAGCACUUGGUUAAAAACAGAAACAAAAACCAGGUGCAUAAAAGAGUAGAACAGUUGAUAGCAGUUCCUAAGAUGUUGAAGUUCUGUCUGACCAUGAGUUUUGGAAAUAUAUAUUAUGAGUGCUUAAAUGUAAAAAUUGUUAUUGGAUAUAAAUAGACAUAUGGCGGCCGUAUUAGUUGAUAGCUGUAGAGGUAGUAUAGUUCUGUACUUCAUAUUAAGCCAAAUUUUGAAUAUUGGGUUUAGUUCUUGGUUCCACAAUUUGGAAAAAAUCUUAGCCAAUUAUGUUUCAUUCAGAGAAUGAUCAUUAUAACUAGGGGAGUUCAAAAAGUAUGCCAUAUGAGGUAUGGUAAAGAAUAUUUUUCAUACUAUGAGAAAACCUAUUUUAAGUGUGAUAGCUGUUUUUAGACAAUUAAAGUACCAUCAUCUGGAAAAAGGAGUCCCCAUAUUCAGUGAUGCUUUGGAGGAUAGAACUGUGACUAUUGAGUGAAUGUUUUAAGGAGGCAAAUUAUAAUCCAGAACAAUGAGGAUCUUUCUAUCAAGGAGACUGUCUAGGAAUGCUACAACUUACACCACACGUCAGUUUUAUUUCUGUUAUUGACAUACUUGCUUGGGUACCAGAUGGCUACCAAGAUCGUUGCCAUAAAAUUUCUAGUUUGAAUGGAAAGUUGGUGUAGAUAAUCUAUAAAGUUCUUUUUAACUUUAAUAUUCUGUUAGUGCAUAUACAUUUUUUUUCCAGUGUGAUUGACUUCCAUAUCUGGCUGUGAUUUCUAACUUGCAUCAAAUCAAUUUUCUAGUUACAAACAAUUAGAAAAUCUGGAGAAAAUUAAAAAUCUGAAGGCAGGUAGGACUUGAGUGAUCACUAUCCCUGGGAGAAGAAAAAUGCAUUGGAGGGAGUCUGACAUUUUAUUUGGCUUUUCUCUUUGAGUCAUUUGCCAAUUUGUAAAAAUGGUAACUGUAAGAAGCCAAACAGAGAGCAGUGGCUAAAAGGCACUGCAGAGUUUGAAUCCUGGGGAGAACAACAGCUGGAGUUCAUAACUUAUCAAGGAGGAGAGUCCCAGGUAACCAUUUGGGUUUUGGUUGCAACCCCCUGAAGACUGAAAUCCUUAGAAUCAGCUUAAUCCUAGACUUAUUAAGAUGAUCUGCCUCCUAUCUUUAUUCUCUGUAGGGAAAUAAAAUCAGCUGGACCCUCUACAGUUUUUCACACACAGUGUUUAACAUUCCAGGAGACAAGGCCAAGACAAUAGAAAAAAACCCCUAGGGAUUCAGAUACUAAAGCUAUCAGACAUGGACGUUAAAAUAACUGUGAUUGGAGUUAUGUCAGCGUCAUGGUGGUGUGAGUUGUUCCUUUUUUCUCUGCCCUUCAAUUUACAUCUAACUGGACAUGCAUAACAACAACAACAACAACAACAAAAAACGCUUCUGCAUAGCAUACCAGGACACUCCAGAGAUCCAUCCAUCUGUGUACCUGAAAGUGGGUAGAUUGGACUGCGGAAGAGGCUGUGGAGUGAGGGAAUGGUGGCAGCAGGUCUAGCCAUGGGCCAGCACAGACCAUUUUGGCAGAGGAGGUGAGGGUGAAGGUGGUCAGUGGGGUCUGCCCACCUCUGCAUGCUGCAGCUGCAGGAGCUUGUUGCUCUCUCUGAGGAGCGACCUCAGUGACUGGGGGAGCGAAAGGAAAGGGAAUUAGGCAGACAAAGAAAACUGAAGGAAAGCAUCUCCCGCUGUUGGUCCUAGGAUUCUGGCAAGACGACUGCCCACGGUUGCUGGCUGCCCAUCCCCCCCAGCCCCAAACUUGGGGAUCCCUCUACUAGGAUGUGGGCACACCCAAAGUCUGAAGUGCUUAAUAUAUAGCUCCCUCACUGUGCCGCCAGCCACCCUCCCCUCUUUCAUUUUUCUCCGACAGUUUUUGUUUUGUUUUGUUUUUAUUGCACCACUCCCAACUCCCAACCUUAGGGAAGAGUUAGCACUGGUAAGAGAAAUGAAAAACCUGUGCUAUAGCGCCACCUUCUUGAAAACAAGAGGAAGUCUUCUAAUUACCAAUGUACUGAACUGUUAGGAGCAAAGUAAACAAAGCCUUGCCUAUAUAAAGGUGUUGCUACUUCAAAUGUGGCAGCAAAGGCUCUUUUCAUCAAACACCAUGGAAAAAAAUCAUUGUAAUAUGGUAUCACAAAAAGAAAAUGACACUUUUCUAGCAACCAAACCCAAGGACAUGGAAUAUUGUGAUCUAACUGAGAAAGAGUUGAAAUUAGCUGUUAUGAGGAAAUUCAAUGAGCUACAGGAAAACUUAGGCAAUACAGUGAUCUCAGGAAUAAAAUUAACAAACAGAAGGAGUACUUUACCAAAGAGAUUGAAAUUCUAAAAAGGAACCAAAGAGAAAUUCUGUAGCUGAAGAACUCAAUAAGUGGGAUGAAGAAUUAGAAUGCAGUGGAAAUAGAGCAGAUCAGAUGGAAGAAGGAAUUAGUGAGCUCAAGGACAGGAAUUUAGAGAUGAUUGAGGUGGCAGAGGAGAGAGAAAUAAGAUUUUUUAAAAGUGAAGAAACCCUGCAAGAACUCUUGGACUUCAUCUGAUGAGCCAAAAGAAGGAGAAGAGAGAGAAAAGGGAGCAGAGGGUAUAUUAAAGAAAUAAUAUCUGAGAACUUCCCAGACCCGGAGAAGGAACUAGAUAUACAAGUCCACAAAGCUAAUAGAACCACUAAUUAUUUCAACACAAAAAGACAUUCUGCAAGACAGAUUAUAUUAAACUUGUCAAAGGUCACUGAUAACUUUAAAAGGCGGCAAGGAAAAAUAGUAGCCUACAAGAUUACCCUCAUUAGGCUAUCAGCAAUUUCUUAGGAGAAACUCUUAUAGGCCAGGAGAGAGUGGAGUGACAUAUUCAAAAUAUUGAAAGAUAAAAGCUGCCAACCAAGAAUAUUCAAUUUGGCAAAAUGAUCCUUCAUAUGUGAAGGAGAAAUAAAGGCUUUCCCAGACAAACAAAAGCUGAGGCAGUUCACCACUAGACCUGCCUUACAGGAAAUGUUGAAAAGAGCUCUUCAAGCUGAAAUGAAAGGUGAAAGUACACAAAGCUCUGAUUAAGAUGUUAGACAGAAAACUAACCUUUUUUAGAAUAGUAUAUUAAACUCUUAAUUAGAGUAUAAAGUUUAAAGGAAAAGAACCGUAGCUGCCACAACUUGUAAUCACCGCAUAAAAAGAUAAUUUGUGAUGUCAAAAAUGUAAAAGAGGAAGAGUAAAAGAAUGGAACCUUCACAGGCAAAUGAAGAUAAAUUGCUAUCAGCAGAAAAAGGACUAUUUUAUCUAUGAAAUGUUUCAUGUAAAUUUCAUGGUACCCACAAAGCAAAAAUCUAGAAUGGAGAUUGAAACAUUAAAAAAAAAAGGGGAGGGACUUCCCUGGCAAUCCAGUGGUAAAGAAUCCACCUUCCAAUGCAGGGGACGCAGGUUCGAUCCCUGGUUGGGGAACUAAGGGAUCCAUGGAGCAUCCAUCCAUGCUGUGGAGCAACUAAGCCCGCGUGCCACAACUAUUGAGCUCAUGCGCCUCAACAAGAGAGCCCGCGUGCCACACACUACAGAGCCCACUCUCUCUGGAGCCCACAUGCCACAACUACAGAGCUCAGGUGCCCUGGAGCCCGUGCACCCAGGAUCUGCAACUAGAGAGAAACCGAGCAGACCAUGCACCGUAAUAAAAAGAUCCUGUAUGCCUCAACAGAGAUCGUGUGUGCUGCAACUAAGAUCCAACGCAGCCACAAAAAACAAGGAAAAUAAAUAUUUUUUUAAAAAUGGGAGACUGAGCAAAUCACCAUGAAAAAUCACCAACUUAUAAAGUUAGACAGAAACAGAAGGAAAAAGAAACAGUGGUGAGAUAAAAAUAACAGAAGAUAAAAAUAAAAUUGCAGUAGUAAAUUCUUACAUAUCAGAUAAUCACCCUAAAUGUAAAUGGAUUGAACUCACCAAUCCAAAGGCACAGUGUGGCUGGAUGGAUUAAAAAAAAAAAAGACCCAAUUAUAUGUGACCUACAGGAGACUCUUUAGCUCUGAAGACACACAAAGGCUCAAAGUGAAAGGAUGGAUGAUGAUAUUCCAAGUAAAUGGCAACCCAAAGAAGGUGGACGUAACCAUACUUAUAUCAGACAAAAUAGACUUCAAGUCAAAAGGUGUAAGAAGAGACAAGGUCACUGUAUAAUGAUAAAGGGGCCAGUAUAUCAAGAAGAUAUAACAAUCAUAAAUAUAUAUGCUCCUAACAUGCAAGCACCAAAAUGUAUUAAGCGAAUAAUAACAGAUCUUAAGGGAGAAAUAAACAAUAAUACAAUAAUUGUAGGGGACUUCAGUAUUCUAUCAACAGUGGAUCAUACAAACAAAUUCAACAAGGAAAUGUUGGAAUUGAAUCAUACUUUAAAACAAAUGGACAUGUACAGAACAUUCUAUCCAACAGCAGCAGAAUACACAUUCUUCUCAAGUGCACAUGGAACAUUCUCCAGGUUAGAUCAUAUGAUAGGCUACAGAACAAAUCUUAACACAUCUAAGAUUGAAAUCAUACCAUCUUCUCUGAUCACAAUGGUAUGAAACUAGAAAUCAACAAGAAGAUAGUGAAAAGAUCUAAAAAUAUAUGAAAACUAAACAACACACUUAUGAGAAACCAUUGGGUCAAAGAAGAAAUCAAAAGGGAAAUAAAAAGUCUUGAGACAAAUGAAAAUGGAAAUCAGUAUAUCAAAUAUUGUGGGAUGCAGCAAAAGCAGUUCUGAGAGGAAAGUUUAUAGCAAUAUACACAUAUACUAAGAAAUUAGAUCUCAAAUAAACAACCUAACUUCAUACCUCAAGGAAUUAAAAAAAAAAAGAGCAAAUUAAGCCCAAAGUUAGUAGAAGGAAGGAAAUAAUAAAGAUCAGAAAGGAAAACAAUGAAAUAGAGACCAGAAAAAUAAUAGAAAGGAUCAGUGGAACUGAGAGCUGGUUCUUUGAAAAGAUAAACAAAAUUGACAAACCUUUAGCUAGACUAAGAAAAAUAAGACUCAAGUAAAAUUAGAAAUGAAAGAGGAGACACUACAGAUGACUACAGAAAUAUAGAAUCAUAAGAGACUGUUAUGAAUAGUUACAUGUCAACAGAUUACAUAGAAGAAAUUGAUGCAUUUUUAGAAACACAGAACCUACCAAGACUGAAUCAGUACUGGAAUCCUAGCUAGAGCAGUUAGGCAAGACAAAGGAAUAAAAGGCAUCCAAAUUGGGAAGGAAGAAGUAAAAUUAUCACUUUUUGCUGAUGAUAUGAUCUUACAUAAAAAUCCUAGAGUCAGUCAAGAAACUGUUGGAAUGAAUCAACAAUUUCAGUAAAGUGGCAGGAUACAAAAUCAAUAUACGGAAGUCAAUUACAUUUCUUUUCACUAAUGGUGAAGCAUCUGAAAUAAAGAAAUAAAGGAGACUCUCCCAGUCAUGAUAGCAUCAUAAACAAUAAAUGCUUAGGAAUAAACUUAUCCAAGGAAAUGAAAGAUCUAUACAGUGAAAACUGAGCCUUUGCUGAAAGAAAUCGAAGACACAAACAAAUGGAAAAACAUCUUGUGUUUAUGGGUUGGAAGAAUUAAUAGUGUUAAAAUGGCCGUACUAUCCAAAGCCCUCUGCAAAUUCCAUAUAGUCACCAUCAAAAUGCCAAAGCCUUCUUCACAGAAAUAGAAGAAAAAAAUCUUAAAGUUUAUGUGGACCCACAAAAGACUCUGAAUGGCCAAAGAAAUCCUGAGGAAAAAAAUAAAGCUGAAGGUAUCAUACUUAGGAAUUUGAAUCAAAACAAUAUUUUACUGGCAUAAAAAUAAGCACAUUGACCAAUGACACAAAAUAGCCCAGAAUUAAAUUCCAGCAUGUAUCGUCAACUAAUUUUCAACAAGGGAGCCAAGAAUACCCAGUGGGGAAAUGAUAGUCUCUUCAAUAAAUGGUGCUGAGAAAACUGAAGAAACGCAUGCAGGACAAUGAAAUUGGAACCCUCUUUCACAAAAAUUAACCUGAAAUGGAUCAAAGACUUAAACAAAAGACCUGAUAUUAUAAAACUCCUAGAAGAAAAUGUAGGGAAGAAGCUCAUUGAUUUUGGUUUUGGCAAUGAUUUUUGGACAUGAUGCCAAAAGCACAAGCAACAAAAGCAAAAAUCAGCAAAUGGGACUACAUCAAACUCAAUAGCUUCUGCAGAGCAAAAGAAACAGUUAACAAAAUGAGAUAACAGAUUUGAAAAAAUGUUCAUAGAUGUUCUCACUCCAGAUGAACAAAAGAAUCUUCCAGAAACACCCCCAAAGCUUCUUAAAUCAUCUGUAGGUUUAUAGAAUGGGAGAAAAUUUUUGCAAACCACAUAUGGGAUAAUGGGUUAAUAUCCAAAAUAUAUAAAGAAUGCAGUCUCCUUAAUAAGAAAACAAACAAUUCAGUGAAAAAGUGGGCAUAAGAACUAAAUAGACAUUUUUCCAAAGAGGACAUGAAAAUGGACAACAGACAUGAAAAGAUGCUCAACAUUGCUAAUCAUCAAGGAAAUGCAAAUCAGAACCACAAUGAGAUAUCACUUCGCACCUGUUAUAAUGGCUGUCAUCAAGAAGACAAGAGACAACAGGUGCUGGUGAAGAUGUGGUGAAAAUGGAACCUUUAUACUUGUUAGUGGGAAUGUAACUUGGUCCAGCCACUGUGGAAAAUGAUACGGAGGUUCCUCAAAACAUUAAAAAUGGAUCUACCAUAUGAUCCAGCAAUUCCUCUUCUAGGUAUAUUCCCAAAGGAAAAGAGAACAGGAUUUUAAUGAGAUAUAUACAAUCCAAUUUUUAUUACAGCAUUAUUCACCAUAGCAAAAAUAUGGAAACAGCCCAAAUGCUCAUCAAUAGAUGAAUGACUGAAAAAUUGUGGUACAUGUACAUAAUGAAAUAUUAUUCAGCCAUGGGAGAGGAGGAUAUCCUCCAAUUUGUGACAAUAUGAGCGUAUUAUGCUAAGUGAGAUAAGUCAGAGAAAGUAUUGUAUCAUGUCAUUUAUAUGUGGAAUAUAAAAUGUUAAACCUGUAAAAAACAGAGUAAAGUGGUUGUUACCAGAGGAUUGGAAGGGGGGAUAAGAGUGAUGGUAUUAAGGGUACAAACUUGUAAUGAAUAGUAAAUAAGCCAUAGAGAUCUAAUUCACAUUAUAAUUAAUAUAGACAAUGAUACUCUAAUUAUAUAAUGUAAUAAAUAUUGCUGUGUUGAAAAACAUAUUACAACAUCUAAGUGUAUCAAAGUAACAUGCUAUACAUCUUAAAUUUACACAAUAUUGCAUGUCAAAUUUAUUCAAUUAAAAAAUAAUUGUGAUUAAUAUGUUCAAGGUGGAGAAUUUUAGCAGAGAACGGGAAUCUAUAAAAAUAACCCAAGGAAAACUCAGUGCACCCCUUGUGCAGGGCUUAGAAGCUGCAUGCAUUUGAUGUGGUUACUGUUUGAGACUUCUGAAUGCUGGAGUAGAUUGUAUCCAUCUACAACCUAGUCUCCCUGUGUGAUUGAUUAAGGGUCUGGGAAGCAGCGACUGAUCUUUUAAGGACUCCUGAUAAAGAUGUGUUUGAUUUUGCCAUGCUGAUAGACUGUUUCCAGUCCUAAGUCCUUCCAAAAAGCUAAGUCUUCAGAUUACUACCUGUUGUGUCCUGUGAGUAUGAAUGUCAUUUUGAACCCAAGACCACUGAUGAUCUUGCAGAGUAGGCACUUCCACAGUUCCAGAAGAGGAAGGGAGAGGGAGUGGGGCAGAAGCAAUAUCUGAAGAGAUAAUGGGAGAAAGUUUUCCAAAAUUGAUAAAGACAUCAAGCCACAGAUUCAGAAGAUACAUGAACCCUAAGCAGAAUAAAUAUAAGAAAACCAUUCCUAGGCACAUCAUUGGAAAACUGCUCAAAACUGUUUUUUUGUUUUUGUUUGGUUUUGUUUUUGCUUGAGACUCUCCUAUAAUGGAGUGGACUUCAUCUGUCUAUGCAGAGAUGGGGGAAAAUGUUCAGAGAAAAUGUUAAAGUAGCCAAAGGAUAAAAAAAAGGCAUAUUGUUUUCCAAGGAACAAAAAUAAGCAGACUUUCUCAACAAAAACAAUGAAAGCAAGGAAGCGGUGGAGUCAUAUCUUCAGAGAGGUGAAAGAAACAAACUGCUAACCUAUAAUUUUGUACCCAAUAAAAAUAGUCUUCAAAAUUAAAGGCACAAUACAUUUUCAGGUAAGCAUAAACUGAGAGAAUACGUCUCCAGCAGACCUACAGUAAAGGGAACACCAAAGGGAAUUCUUCAGGCAGAAAAAUAGGUGAUGCUUUCCCAGAUGGAAGCAAGAGUACAAGAAGAAAUGAAGACCGUUGGAAAGGGUAAAUAUGUGGGUAACUAAAUAGAUAUUGACUAAAGUAAUAACAUCUUGCGGGAUUUAAAAUACAUGUAGGAUUAAAAUACAACAACAGAAAAGUAGGAGAGGAAGCAUAGAGUUAAAGUGUUCUAAAGUCCGUGCAUUGUCUAGGAAAUGGUGAAAACAUUAUAUUAGAUUCUAUUAAUGUCCAAGAUGAAUGUUGUAAUCUCUAGGGUAGCCACUAAAAGGAACACUUGGAGAGACCUUUAAAUUAUUCCACAAUUCCACUUUCAGGAGAAAUUUUAUGGAACAUAAAAUGAUAUUCAGUAAACAUAUUCAAAAACAAAAAUUAUUCAGGUAGGGGCAGUUGAUGGGCAUAGAAGGGGAGAUGUUUGAAGACAGGAAAAGGAAGGAGAGUGAACAAGAGUGAGACAAAGCAUGUAGAAUAAGAGAAACACAGAAAGAGAAUAGACACGUAAGGACCAGAGUUGGAAAGAGAAGAGAGGGGAUGAUUUAAGAAUCUUUGGGAGUGUUUCUGGAAGAUUCUGUUGUUCAUCUGGAGUGAGAAACAUCUAUGAACAUUUUUUCAAAUCUGUUAUCUCUGACCUGAAUGCUAAUACUUUCUCCAGCAGUUUUAAAUAAUCUCUUCUAUACCAGAAAACUUUUUCCCUGACUCUAUGUAAAUGAUUCAUCGUAAAUGAUUCUGUAAAAAGUAAGUUGAUUCUCCUAUGGAAUUCUUGAUUGACUUAAGUUUUAAAGAAGUACUUUAAAAUUAUAGUCCAAGCCAGUAUAAACACAGGUUUCAAAAAUAAAGCAGAAUACAGCAUAUCAUGUAAUCAGUUCUCAAAGAAGGUAGCUUCAGAACAAGUCUUUGCUAAAAAAGAAAAAUCACAUCCUCAGGCCCUUCCUGAUCUGUUCAAAUUAGUUUUCCCACCUUCACCCCAGUCAUUCUUGUUAUUCCCAGUACUCUGCUUGAUUUUCAUUUUUUUAUCAUUCUAUCACCAUUAUUAUAUGUUCGUUUAUUGUUUAUAUUCUCCUCCAGAAUACAAGUUCCAUUUAUACCUGCAUUUUCAGCAUCUGGAGCAAUGGCUAGUACACAUUAGACCCUCAGAAGAUAUUUGUUGAUUGAGUGAAUGAACAAAUGAAUGUUCAGGCCAACAGGGAGUAAAAACAACUAAGAGAAGAAGGUCUUCAAUGAUAUUUGGAGAACAUCAAUUAACAGGCCAUAAGGUGGCAGUUAAAAUUUUAAAUAGACAGAAGAUUCGCAGUUUAGAUGUUGUUGGAAAAAUAAAACGAGAAAUUCAAAAUCUAAAACUCUUUCGUCAUCCUCAUAUUAUCAAACUAUACCAGGUGAUCAGCACUCCAACAGAUUUUUUUAUGGUAAUGGAAUAUGUGUCUGGUGGUGAAUUAUUUGACUACAUCUGUAAACAUGGACGGGUUGAAGAGAUGGAAGCCAGGCGCCUCUUUCAGCAGAUUCUGUCUGCCGUGGAUUACUGUCACAGGCAUAUGGUCGUUCAUCGAGACCUGAAACCAGAGAACGUGCUAUUGGACGCACACAUGAAUGCCAAGAUAGCUGAUUUUGGAUUAUCUAAUAUGAUGUCAGAUGGUGAAUUUCUGCGAACUAGUUGUGGCUCCCCAAAUUAUGCAGCACCUGAAGUCAUCUCAGGCAGAUUGUAUGCAGGUCCUGAAGUUGAUAUCUGGAGCUGCGGUGUUAUUUUGUAUGCUCUUCUCUGUGGCACCCUCCCAUUUGAUGAUGAGCAUGUGCCUACGUUGUUUAAGAAGAUCCGAGGGGGUGUUUUUUAUAUCCCAGAAUAUCUCAAUCGUUCUGUUGCCACUCUCCUGAUGCAUAUGCUACAGGUUGACCCCCUGAAACGAGCAACUAUCAAAGACAUAAGAGAGCAUGAAUGGUUUAAACAAGAUUUGCCCAGUUACUUAUUUCCUGAAGACCCCUCCUAUGAUGCUAACAUCAUUGAUGAUGAGGCUGUGAAAGAAGUGUGUGAAAAAUUUGAGUGUACAGAAUCAGAAGUAAUGAACAGUUUAUAUAGUGGUGACCCUCAAGACCAGCUUGCAGUGGCUUAUCAUCUUAUCAUUGACAAUCGGAGAAUAAUGAACCAAGCCAGUGAGUUCUACCUCGCCUCUAGUCCCCCAACUGGUUCUUUUAUGGAUGAUAGUGCCAUGCAUAUUCCCCCAGGCCUGAAACCUCACCCAGAAAGGAUGCCACCUCUUGUAGCAGACAGCCCUAAAGCAAGAUGUCCGUUGGACGCACUGAAUACAACCAAGCCCAAAUCUUUAGCCGUGAAAAAAGCCAAGUGGCAUCUUGGAAUCCGAAGUCAAAGCAAACCAUAUGACAUCAUGGCUGAAGUUUACCGAGCUAUGAAGCAGCUGGAUUUUGAAUGGAAGGUAGUGAAUGCAUACCAUCUACGUGUAAGAAGAAGAAAUCCAGUGACUGGCAAUUAUGUGAAAAUGAGCUUACAGCUGUACCUAGUUGACAAUAGAAGCUAUCUUUUGGACUUUAAAAGCAUUGAUGAUGAGGUGGUGGAGCAGAGGUCUGGCUCCUCAACGCCCCAGCGGUCCUGCUCUGCUGCUGGCUUACACAGACCGCGAUCCAGUUUGGAUUCUGUAACUGCGGAGAGCCAUUUGCUCUCUGGCUCCCUCUCGGGCUCCCUGAUCGGAAGCACGUCGUCUUCAGUUCCACCUCGCCUGGGCAGUCACACCAUGGAUUUUUUUGAAAUGUGUGCCAGUCUGAUCACUACUUUAGCCCGUUGAUGAUCUUUCCUUAGUUUCUAUCUUUCUGUUUUUGCACUGUGAAAAUCAGAUAUAUUCUUUAAAUUAUUGUUUUACUUAUGGAUAUCACAUACUCUGCAGUACUGGUUGAGAGCUGUGACUAUCUCCAGGGGACGCUCAACGCCACUGAAAUGACUGAAAACGUAAAAGUCUGACAUUUCAUUUACUGUAGAUAUCUGUAAUUCUGUUCUGCCUAUGAUAAAUUUACAUAGGUAGUAUCUUUAAUACGUGAACAUUGAUGAAGAUUAUUGUUAAUCUAAAAUUGUGGAUUCACUACAGAUGAUUAAUACACCUUUACUGGUAAACCAUCUCAGUCAAAGGGUGGUUUGGCAACAUCUUCUUGCUUUACUGUUUAGUGUAGAUAAAUCCAGUUUGCUUCCUAAAUUUCAGCAGGCUUUAAGCUGUGUUUAUGCACAAGAAGAUUAAAAAAAUAGCCCAAACAUUAGUAAGAUAGUAAUUAAAUUUUGAAAUCUUAAGAGCCAGCCCCCCAAAUUUCAGAAACCAAGUUCUGCUAGCAGUUUUUGCAAAUAUUGCCCAGUGUUAAACAGAAGGGCUGUGGUCCUGAAACAGGUAACGGUCAUUUCCAGGUUCCUUAAAAACAGCUAUAACCAACUAGAGGUUUUAUCUCGAGAUUUUCCCGAAUAACAUAUUUAAGAGCCUUCAAGGUUCUACUCAGUACUGGAACAUACGGAAUUACAACCACCUUUGUCUUUUUCAUAAACUUAUAUCAUUUUACGACAUGCCUUCAAAAUCUACGUUUCUCAGAUUCUUUUUCACUCUAUUUAUUUUUGUACUUCACCAAGCAUGAUAAAAUAGACAGUUAAAUGAAACAAAGCAAAAUGUCAACAGUCUCUAAAAGAGGACUCUUAUCUUUGAUCUCUUAUUGUGUGUGGUGGUGUGGAGCUGUGUGUAUGUGUGUGUCCUGUUGCAUCCCAUAAUGCUAAUUAUUCAUCAGAAGUUUGUUACUGUAUUCACCCCCCUCCCUCACCUUCCCUAGUCACCUUUGUCUUUGUUUAUUGUUUGAUCCUUAGUGGCUGAUUGACUCAGCUUUGAAAUCUUUUCUGGUUCUCUUUCUUUCUUCUAUAUCUUGGUUGCUAGCCAUCCAGUUUGAAACACUGUUCUGGCCCUAAGGGCUUUUGUGUACUUCCAAAGUUUGGUAGGCUGUGACUUUCACUUUUGAACCUGGUAGGGCAGGGAAGCCUUAAACAUUAAAAAAAUUCUCUCUUGAAUAAAUGUAUGUGUUGUUUACAUAUAUACAUAUAUGUAUUCGCACCAGUGCUUUUAAAUGAAAAACCAAACUUUUUUUUUUUUGGCUAUGUGCAGGUUUUUUUAAGGCUUUUAAAAAAACAAAAAACCUAUAUACAGCAGGGUAGAUAAGAGCCCAUUGAUUGUAUUUUGUUUUAGUAAAAAUAUUUAAUUUUAAAAUUAUGUAUAAUUUAUCGAAUUUGUAUUUAUUCAUUUGUCUUGUCUAAUAUGUUAUAAUUAACUAUCUCAUUCACCUGACUUACCCUAUAAAAGAUUAAGCUCUUGAAAACAAAAAGUGACAUUGCCUUGACAGGUUUCUCUUUGCCAAAAAUAAUGUGUUUUCUACCAAGAAGCAAAUGAGAAUGUUAGACCAGAUUUCUCUUGUGUUUAUGAAAGACAAGUAUGUCUGUCUUUAAAGAGCUUUGAGUCAGGAGUUUGCGGUGUGUCACAUCAUAUUGUUUUGCAGAACUUUUUAAAAAUGGUGUUAUAUAACUUUUAAGCCUGACUUCUUAAUAUCAAAAUACAAGGAAUCCUUAUUAGCCAAUUUGGGAAAGAGGGUGGGGUUGCAGGCAGUUAAGAUGUGUGAAGUUUAAACCUUUGAAAGAUUGCCACCUAGUGGCAUCGAAGGAUACUUUUUUGUGAAUAUUUUUAUAGGGAAAAGCAGUCCUGCUGCAUAUAGGUAUGGCAUAAUUUUGGCCUCAACAAAUGUGUAAAUACUUCUUUAGGGAAAAACAGGGCCACCUCAUAAUACUUGCCUAUGAAUGGGGUGACCUUCAAAAUAAGGAAUUAAUCUGAUUCCUUAUUCCCAAGGACAAAAUCCCUAACAAUUUUGAAGACAGAGAAACGGUAGGAAGGAAUCCAGUGGCAUUUUAGCUUCUUUAGUCUAAUGAAUCAAAUGUUAGAAACUUAUAUCAAAAUUGCUUUAAAUGGAUGACUGUCAUGUUUUUUAAGUUAAGAAGUUAUUUACUAUUUUCUCAUUCUUGCCAGUAUUUAUGAAUAUCUACAUUUUGAUAGCCAUCUGUUGAAUUUUAGGAGAACCAAGGGUCACAGUUUGGGUUCUUGUGUCCUUAAGGUUUUAGAGCACAGCUCUUCUGUGAAUGUAGAUGGCGUAGUACUUUGUUUGUUUGUAGAGAGAAGAUUACAGGAGGCUCAGCCCAGCAUAACAGGGCUAGAACAUUUUCAUAGGAGGCUCUUUGUUGCUAAUGAGCAGGGAGAGGGAAAGAAAUCAGUUGCUAAAUUCCCACAUUUCAGUCUUGUAAACUGGGUAAUUGUGGAUAUGGUAUGUGGUAGACAGACCUGGGGUAGGAACAGUUUCUUCAUGUUAAGAUUCUGGAGGAGAGCUUCUAUUAUUAGGCUACAGAUAGAUAAAGUCUUAGCUAUAUCAUGGAAAUGGAGUCCACACUGGUUCUAGAACAGCAUUUCCCAAACUGCAUUCUGUCAGAUGCUCUGUAGAAAAGGGGUUUCAUUGAGCAAAGCUUGGAAAAUGAUGCAUGUUACUCUCCUGCUUGAAGAUGACAAAGGAUGCGGGCAUAAAGCCUUUGACCAGUCCUUCUGUGAAAAAAAGAAAACCGUUUAACUUUGUUUAAUCCUGCUUUGCCCAGAUUAAUGUAAACAUGGUUUUAAACUUACCAUCCCCUGGGAAAAAACAUAUUUGAAAAAUACUAUUUUAAGAAAAUUAUUGUACCAGGUUGCCAUAAUGGGUAGAUAAGAAUAAGAUUUCCUUUUCCCUUAUCAGUUAUUGGAGAGAAUCUGGUUCAAAAUCAGAAUAAUUCCAUUUUAGCCUGUAGACAUAUUCAUCCUGAGCGAAUGCUGGAUUAGUAGAAUUUUAUAUGUCUACAACUUGUUUCAUAGCACCUUGAUUUUCUUAAUCAGGUUGUGGUAUUUUGUGGAGAGGAAAAUUUAUUCUUUUUUGUGUUGAAUGGAGAACUGAAAAACCUUAAACAAGAUUACUUCUAAAAAUUGUCUAAGAGACUAGUAACUAAUGCUUAUGGCUCUAUGGGUAAUGAGUCAAUAACAUUGAUUCUUACUUUCAGAAAGUAUAGUCAGUGAACAUUUUCUAAAUACUUUUAUAUAUAGAACACCAUAUUUAGAUCUAAUUCCUGUUAUUCUUUAAUGAAGGAACAAACAACAUCCCAAAUUAGAUAUGUUGGGAGGGAGGGAGGCAAACUAUUAUAAGUUGGGCUUUUGUUUUCAUCAACAAAUUUUUGAGACACUUUUGUAACCACUAGUGUUUGCAUUCCUUGAUACUUGCCAGCUAUAAAGAGAAUCCAAGAGCCUAAAUUAUUCAGAAAUAACAGUAUUCCAUGUCAGGGAAUUGGCUAUAUGUAGUACAGACAAUUCUCCCCUUUCUGCAAAUAGGUUUCCUGGGACAGUUACAGAAUCCUGGGCUUGCUUUCUCUUAUUCCCUAGCCAGUUUGUACUCAGGGAAUACAGAUUGAUUUUUUAUUAGAUGAGACGUAAUUGAGAAGGUAAUCAUAGACAACUGUUACAGAUUUUUUUGACUAUUUGGACUUAUCUGUAAAUGUACAGUAUAUUGAGUUAAUAUAAGCAAUGCACCUUCCAUUUAUAAAAUAUAAGAUCUUGGAAUGUGCCUACCAUAGACACUGCAUGUUUGUCUAUUCACUGGUUAAUAAUUUAAAUCCUGUUAAUGGCUGUGAAAUCUCAAUAUCUAAAUGCUAGACGUGUUCACAGUUUUGUCUGUUUUUAUUUCUUUUUAAAGACCUCCACGUUUUCAAUUUGGUACUCCUUUACCUGAUCAUUCUGUCACUCUGUGACUUUGAAAAUAGGGAAUGUACUUUAUUUUAAUAAUAGUUCUCAGAAACUCUAAAAUUCUGGAUGAGGGAUCUGUGCAAUCUGUCUGUAAGUCACAUCCUGUGUUGGGCCUCAUUUUUGUAACCUCUAAAGUGGGAGGGAUAGAUUAAAAGACUUCCGAGUUACCUUUCAGCUUUAAAGUUCGGUCUUCUCUGCCUUUUCAUAUGAUGUGUAUUAGUGCUCACUUUUUACACUUUUAGAGAUUUUAUACUAGUGCGAAUGGUCUGUAUUUGGCGAGGUGUUUUGAAGGUAUAUACUAAAAUAUUUUUCUAAAUACAGCUGCCUCCCUGGAAUACAAAUGGUAAAAAUCAUCCAGAAAACCAAACAUGUUCAAAUGUCAUGUGUACUUGCCAUAAAGCGAAAGAUUACUAAUUUGGAGUGACGGAAGUGUUCCAUACAUUUUAAUAGUGAGUUUUAGAUCCAGAGACCCUCCAUAUCGUCUAUUUAAUACGUUACAGUAACCUUGUGAGUUAACGAUUUUCCAGAUGAGAAAGCAGGACCAGAAAGCUCUUCACAAGGCUUUAAUGCCAUACAAGUGUUCAGUGAUGAUCACUGCUCUUUAUAUGCCCCCUUCCUCUGGGGGAAAACAGUCUGAAUCACUGAAAUAUCUGCAUAGUUGAGUAAUAAAAAUAAAGAUGUAUUGCUUUCAAGUCUUAGAGUGACAUGAAGUAGUCUUAACUGAAUAUUUUUUAGUUUAAUUAUUUGAACCAGUUGAUUGUACUAACUAGAUGUAAUUAUCGUAAGUAUUUAUGAUUAGCAUAUUGAUUUUUGUUAAGUACUUCUAAGUUAUUGAGGGUGCUUAAAAAAUACUGAAGAAACUUUUUAGGACAUGAUUCUUCCUUUAACUUUAUUUAUAUGAUUCUCAUAGCAAAGAUUUUUUUAGAAAGUAAAACUAGCCCCAACUCCUAUCUUAAAUCAUAGUUUUUGACUAUUAAUCUAAAUUAGGCUUAUCUAAAUUUCAUAUACAGAUUGAUAAUUUUUCAUUUUAUAUGCAUAUUAGAUGAUAAGAUGCUAUUUUCAUAGAGUAUAUUUCUAUUCACAAACUACCUAAUUAUUAUUGGCUUGAUAUGGAGUCUUUUAAACCUUAUAAAAAUUUGAAAUGUAAUUUAUGUUUGAGCUUUUAAAAGUGUAUCUUAUUUAAGCAAGUUGCUGGCAUCCUUACCAGCCUUUCCCUAUAUAAUUAUAAUGCAUUUGAUGCCACUGGACAGUAAUAACAUAAAGAACAGGACCCACAGUCUAGACUAUGUUGAGUUUUAAUUAAACUUUUUCAGUCAUAACCUGAUAAGAAUCAGGCUGGGUCUAGAAGUUAGACUGCGGGGCUGUAUUAAUUUCAUGAGCCAAUGUUAAUGUUUACUGCCAGCCUGCAUAGCAACGCCAGUUUGCAGCCGUGAUUGUGUAUGUGACUUUUGGUAACUACCGUUUAUAGGUCAAGCAGCUCAGAUGUUAUGGAAGUAGCUCAUGGUUAUUUGGACAAGCAGGGUAAGUAAAUUUAAGUUACAUUUGAAAAAGUGCAAUUAAGGAAAUCCGAGAGCAGAAUGCUCUUUCCAGGAAAAAAGUGAAGUGCUUAUGGAAUAUCCUAGCAUGACAGCUCUUUUGAACAUACAGAGAAUGUUGACAAGGUUCAUACAGUGGGAAUUUUUUAAUUCGCGGUUUGCUACUUUGUGUCGAUUUAAAACUUCAAGGAAGGAUGGGAGGGAGGCUCAAGAGGGAGGGGAUGUGGGGACAUGUGUGUGCAUAUGGCUGAUUCGCUUUGUUGGGCAACAGAAACUAACACAGUAUUGUGAAACAAUUAUACUCCAAUAAAGAUGUAUUAAAAAAAAGACUGAAGAAAAAAAAAUUUCAAGGAAGGAAUAGGAACAUUCUAGCCAAGGAGAACUGCAUAUUUAAUUUUUGCUGCUAAUUUAAGCAUGCACUUUUCACAGCUAAAAGUCCUUUUUAAGUUUUGUUACAAAGAAAGUCCAUUUUUCUAGACAGAUAACAUUUUCCUAAGAUGGAAAAAACAGAUCCACUAAAAAAACAAAAACACCUUAAUUAAUUGUGCCUUUUCUCUUGAGUUGUAGAACUAAUAAUCAGUCAAAAACUUGUUUAAACUGUGUUUUUUCCCUAAGUCCUCUCAUUUUUCCUUAAAUCUGUCCUCCACAAACAGUCACAUUGUUUGCUUUUGCCUGUUUGUUUUCAGGUUCCUUUGGCCAGACCUCACUAUCAUUGUCAGAAAUUGUUCACUAAAUGUGUUUUUCUGUUUGUUUUAUGUUGCUUCACUUUUUAAGUCACCUUGGUAAAAGUAUGGCUGCCUUUUCAUGUUUUUAAAAUGAAUGCAAUGAAUAGCAAUCUUUAUAUUUCAACCCUUUAAAAAGUUUGUAAAGGAAAGAAAUAAUGCGGAGCAAAGAACAAAAUCUAAUUUUGAAUCUGAUUCUCAGUUUGGCUGCUUGACAGCAGCAAGUCAUUUAACCUCAUUUAGUUUUUUUAAUCUACAAAAUGUGGAUAAUAACCUACCUCACAGAUGUGUGUGAGAAACUGAAGGCCCUUGCCUAAAAUACAGGGUUUAUCAUAUUUAAUGUAAAUCCCUUCCUUUUUUUUAAUAGAUAUCUUUGAUACUGAUAGGAUGAGUAUCUUGAUUUUAGGUAAGUCUUAUGUGGUAAGAAUAUAGUGGUAAAAAUGUUUAAGACCACAGUUUCACAAAUUAUGGUAUUCUUAUUUUAAGGGACUUUAAAAAUUUCUUGAAAGUAUCGAACAUCCAAAUACCAAAUUUGUCUUUUGUUGCAGCAGAUACGCAGAACUUCUUAAACUGUUGGCUGAAGAUGCCUUAAUGUACCAAAAUACAGCUUUCUCUCCAGACUAUUCACAAAUAUCUAUGGUUGUAUGAUGUUUUGAGUGUUUAAUGUAAAAUUGUUAGAGAACUGUGAACUCUAAGCAUAGUAAUCUUAAUGUUGUUUUAGGAAGAAUGUGUUCUGUAUCAUGUAUGCUUAAAUAUCAUACAGUGACUUUUUGAGUGCAACAAACAAAACUGAAAGUUGACAGCCAUUAGGUUGUGUCCAUGACAAUCAUAAGAAAAUGUAAGAUUGGAUAUUAAUUGUUCAGAAAAUUUUCAAGAACACUUUGCAUUCAUUCUUUCUUAGCCCAUCUUUGGGAAAAAAAUCCCAUAGGCUGAUGCACUUACCAACCGAAGCAUAUGACAUUACAUAUCAUCUAUUAAAAUAAUUUUUUUAACUGUUGAAAUUGGGAUCAUUUUCUAUAAUUCAUUUCAGGAGGGGGAAAAAAAGACCAGACUCUUAGUGUGUUUGUGUUUUAAUAACCAUAGAUUCAAAGUUCAGUUUUGUUUGUUAUAUGUAUUUUUUGUGAGUGUUAAAUGAUCAGUGGGAAGAAUGUCUUCCAGCAACUGUGUGGUAAAGAUGUCUUCUUGAAUUACACAGCAUUUCAUAGCUAUAGGUUCUCCCUAGUUAAUACUUGCACUGUACAAACUCAUAGGUAACAAACACAAAAGAGAAAAGCAGCCUAUCUGAUUACUUAUAAGCUUUUUUCACAAAAUCAAAUUAAAGUCUCUGGUUAAUUUGAAAGCUGUUUUGUUUCUGUUCAGUCGUUAAGCUAAUAUUCUGUAACUCAAUUAAUAGUUACAGACAAAGCCAUUGUAGAACUUUGCUUCCUGUGAUUCCUUGGCGAUUCCAUACCAUCUUUGCCCACUUUUGUCUUCCUUGUUGUACACUGUAGUUUCUAACUUCAGCCAUUGUAUUAGUUUCCUAUUGCUGCCAUAAGAAGUUACUACACUUAGUGACUUAACACAAAUUUAUUGUCUUACAGUUCUGUAAGUAAGUCAGAAGUUCGGUGGGCUUAGCUGGUGUUUCUGCAUCAAGUUACACAGGCUGAAAACCAAAGCAUUGGUAGGGCAUGGUUCUGGGGCAGAGUCUGUUUCAAAGCUCAUUCGAGUUGGUGGUGAAUUUAGUUCUGUGCUGCUGUGGGAUUGCAGUCCCAUUUCCUUUCUGGGUUUGGCUUGUAGCUUCUAGAGACCAGCAUCAUUCUCUGGUCCAUGGCUCCCUUCACCUUCAAAGCCAGUGACAGGGGGCUUAUGCUUCAGAUGUCGCCUGCCUCUUCUUCACUACAUCUCUGGCUGACUCUUCUGCCUUCCUCUUCUGAUUGUAAGGGCCCAUGCUAUUAAAUAGGGCUCACUUCCAUAACCUUCCUAUUUAAGGCCAGCUGGGUAGCAAACAAUUUCAUCUAUAAAAAGGCCCUUUUUUCCAAGUCACAUUAACAUAUUUACAGGUAUUAAAACCAGGACACGGAGAUCACGGAGGCCAAAAUUCUGCUUACCAUAGAAGACAUCAGGUUUACAACAAAAUUUUACACUGAAGGCUGCUGAGAAUAGAGAACAAGCAAUGUAGCUGUGGUCCCAUGUGCUUAUGAUGGUCACCUCCCAUAUUUAUAUAUCUAAAAGCAACUUUUUGAAAAAUAUAUGCUAGCUCUCAUUAAAAACACAUCAAAGUCAAGCUAUAUAAGAAAGAUUUCAAUUUGCUUUAUCCAAACUUAGAAGAACAGAUUUGUUUUUAUUAGUGAAUACUUUUUUUCCUUUAUUUCCUAAAUUGUAUGGGUAAUACAUGCUUAUCAUCGUAGGAAAUCUGAGUACAGGAAGUUUGAAGAAGCUGAAAAAAAUCAUCCAAACCCUGUUACCCAGAAACAACCACUUCUUAGGAAUUUGUCAUUAUAUAUUGACUUUUUGCCCUUCCUCUUCUUCCCCUCAGAAUCUAUGUUUUAAAAGUUCUGAACAUGUGCGGGAGAGGCCCUGCUCAAGAGAAAGCUAUGUCGACUUGGAAGACCAAGUGUGUCAGAGGUACUCAGAAGGAGGAAGGGACAGCUUUGGUGGUGCAUGUUAACAGGUUGCUGGUGGCCCGGCCUAUAAAUGAAUGAGAGGCCCAGUGCAAGCCUCUGUUAGGGUCAAGUCCCUUUGUAAGCUGUCUUUUAUCCACAGAGUGUUCUCAUCUUUAAUGAUUUCUUUUUAUGCAAAAUUAAACAGUAAAAUAGACAGUUUUUCCAUUGAAAUGUUCUGCUAGAUGAGGGUUUCUAGGAGACAGAUGACAUUUGCUUGAGCCAUUACUGAAACUUUAGUUAUAAUGUUUGCAUUAAAGAACCUUGUAGAUUAAUAGUGUAUGAAGUUUAGUUUCAGUGCCGUGAUUUAAAGAAUGGAAGAAAUGUGGCUGAUAGCAAAACAGAAACAACUACUUCGAUGUGGAUGGAAUGUUCUUCCUAAAAAUGUAUUCCAUAUCAAUAAAUAGUAAUUAGGUACUAGUUUAUGUUAGACCAAAUGGUUUAUACUUCAAAAAACAUAGAAAAGUGUUCAGUUUCAAAAGCCUGUUAAGUAUAUCUAUGUAAAAUUAUUACAUCCUAGCCAUUCUUUCAAGUCUUAACCUUUGAAUUUCAAAAACCUGUUUUUGUGUUCAGCAUCUUCCAACUUCAGAAAAGUCCAGGUACUAAAAAUAACAACACUUAGUAUUUUGUAUUAAGGAUUUUAGGACACUUUUAUUUAUAUUAUUACAUUACAGCCUGACAACAACCCUGAGAAGUAGACAAGGUGAGUGUUAUUAGCCCUGCUUUACUGAUGAGGAAAUGGAGACGCAGAGCUGAGUCAUGGAAUUAGAAUAAGAGGCCAUGUGAUGAGAUGGAAUGUGCAUGGGACAAACCUAUGUCAGGUAAAAUGUAGUCCCCCUGCCGCCUCAGGAUUUAAGAUACGUCAUGUUUUGGUGCGGUGGCAAGUGUGCUAUUGUGGGUUUUGAUCCUCGUUUGUACACGAUUAUUGCAGGAAUGGUGUCUGCUCAACAUAGCCCGGUACUGCCUCUGGCUUUGCCCAUGGGCCAUACCUGUCCCGUGUCCUCCUCUUCUACUGUGCCCACAGUGUGGGAGAGGGCUGCUGUUUCCUGGUUGCCUGGCCUCUCACUGAGAAGUAAAUUCAAUCCGGGGUGGGGGGGGGGGUCCAAGUAGAAAUAUAUUCUAAGUCUUUCUUUGGUGCCAGCCUUAAUCUCAUCUCCCAGAAAAGAAAUCUCAGUGUCACUUCCUAAUUCCUUUUCUCUCUCACUUCUACCUCUAAUGGGGCUCCUGAAACUAUAUAUUUCUGUUGCUGCUGUCUUAAGGUCUAGUGGUCUUAACGCCUCAAAAUAUUGCAAAAUUAACUAGUCUCCUCUCGUUCUAAUCUGUCAUCCAUAAUCUUUCAGCCAUAUUGCCAUGAUUUUUUUUUCCUUUUUUCUCCGGACACCUGGCAUUGUCUUCCUGCUUAAGACCUUUGAAUGCUUCCUACUCUCUAAAGGAAAAAAAGUCCAAGUGAACUCUGUCACAUUCUAGCCCUGACUUACCCCAUUCUAGCACUUGGCCAUUUCCUAUCAGAUACACUGUAGUCCUUUUACCUUGAAUUUCUUCCUGGUCACCAGGCAGAGCAUGCAUUUUUCCAUCUCUGUGUCUUGUCUAACAAAUAUAUGUGUUUAAAGGCCAAGCUUCAGUGUCACCUGUAUGUUGUGUGUUAUAAUUGUUAUUUGUAAUAAUCUCUGUACCUGUCUUCCUCUCUAAACUUUAUGAAUACUUUUGAUCCCUGUCUUCUAGAAUAAGCUUGGCCUUUAUUGACACGUGCCAUUUGGAACAAGAAAAAGAAGAUAAAAGAAUAUAGAAGCUUAAAAAAUAGUCUCACAGUAUAAAGGAUGAAGCCACGUAUCAUACCCUUGAAGGGCAGAAUCACCCUAACAGGCAGUGUACAUCAUCUGAAAAAUAGAAUGUUAUUUACGGCUCAGAUUAUUUAUGUUUCUUUACUUUCUGUAAGUAAAAAUACCUAUGAAUUAUUUUAAUAGAUAAUUUGGGCAUAAACAAAAUAAUAUUCUGUUGUUUAAAAUAAGUAAAAUGGUUAUUUUAAACUGAUAACAGCAUAUAUAUUAUUUAAAUUUUAUUAAAUAUAUUUAGGCAAUUCUCAAAAUGUUGGGUGAAUUUAGGAAAAAACUACUUUUCAGCAUACUAUUCCCAAAGAAACCAAUUUUGGGCAGCAUUUGUCUGAUUUUAGUUUUGUGACAAAGUUGGUAUAUAAAUGUCCUUCUGCUUUGAGAUGAUACCUUAAAUUGGAAUAUUUAAAAGAUGUUGGUUAUACUAUUUACUUUUCAGAAUUAAAUUACACCCAAUUUAAACGCACAACAUCGUCUAGAAAAUUAUAAACACUCGUGUACUAACAUUAGAAGCAUUAGAAGCAAACUAACCAUCUGCACAACUGGCUAGGUGCCAUAAGGCGUGAUUUCUGACUUUGGACAUGGCUCAUUAAACAAGUGCUGGAAUGCCAACACACACUGUUUCACAUUCUCUUGAGCCAGCAGUGAAAUAGAUACUGAAAUAGACAUUGAAAGAUAACUGCUUAGGAGCAAAAUCUGCAUCUAAAUGUGGAGGGUUUGUUUUUCUCCUCUAAAUUCCUGAUGAAAGUUUCCACAGAUUCCACCAUCUCAUGCUGACACGUAAACUGAUGUGAGGCAGGACUGAGACCUUAGAACGAGUUCUCACUUGUGCAGGCUGUACCAUUUGAUCUUGAUCUUCCUAAGGUGACUAAACUUCAUGCCUGAGAAAAAAGAAAAAUAGACAAACAUUUUGAAAUACAGGUCCAUGGAAUAGUGAGUAGGAGAUUUCAGGGGAAUUUUUUUAUCCAGUUUAAUUUUUUUUUUUUUUUCGGUACGCGGGCCUCUCACCAUUGUGGCCUCUCCCGCCGCGAAGCACAGCCUUCGGAUGCGCGGGCCCAGCGGCCAUGGCUCACGGGCCCAGCCGCUCCGCGGCAUGUGGGAUCCUCCCAGACCGGGGUAUGAACCCGCAUCCCCUUCAUCGGCAGGCAGACUCUCAACCACUGCGCCACCAAGGAAGCCCCCAGUUUAAUAUUUUUAUGCUCCUUUAAAAUGUUUAUAAAUAUGCUCCGUAGAGAAGUUUGAUAACCUCAGGAGCGGCAGACACAAAAAUAGUCUCUUCCAAGUAAUCCUUACAGAAUAGGGCAUUGCAUAUUGAAAAACUUUUCCUGAAUUUAAAUAUAUGAAAUAGUCUUUCCUUGAGACUUAUAGACAUAAUAAUGUAUUAUGUAUUUAGAAUUUAUUAUUUAAAGUAUAAAAUCAAACCACUUACUUGAAAUCUAGAUGUUCAAUUAGCACAUAUCCAUCUAUAGAAAUAAAAAUCACUAUUACUAAUCUGAAAGUUAUAAUGCUUGGAGGUUUUUUUAAAAAACAGUGAUUGAAAUCUUAUGGGCAAUAAGCCAGUAACUUACAUUUGCCUUUAGAAUUGCGACAUAUCACUAGAUUUUCUUCAGUGAUAUCAAUGACUUCCAGUUCUUCUCCAGGGGUUAUUGGCAAGUCGAAUAUUCCAUUUCUUGAAUUAUUGGAACAUGCCACUGCUGUGUUCAUGACAGUAAUUUCUUUGUCAUACUGAAAGGAGAAAUUCCUAAUUGGAAUAUGCUUGCAUAGUUUUCAUUCUUUUUCAUUGUAACAAAAUUAACGGAAGACAUACUAUACUAACCUCAAAAUAAACUCAAGAUGCUAGAUAUUAAUUAGUUAACUAAUGACUAAGGGACAGAAAAUAAUAGCAAGAUAUUCAGGGAAAGAAAAGUUAUUUAAGGAAAUAAUGGUACAUUUAUUAUUAUCACAAUCUUUCUUACAUUUGUUUGUUACGAUCAUAUUUUCUAAGUGUUUUCACACCCAUUAUCUAAUUGUACUAGAAUGAAUUCUGGUGGGUGAGAAGGUGUUAACAUUGGUAUAAAUUAAGUACCAUGAAUGGUACGUUCACUGUUGCAGUAAUAAAGUCACCACCAAACCUGGGAAAGGACAAGUUAAAAAAGAAAAAAAAAAGAGGGAAAGAGAAAAACCUCUUUCUUUGUGUAGUGCUUUAGAGUUUAUAAUUCUUUCUUACACACAGCAUUUCUAGCUGUUCUUUCUACCCUUCCUCUCUGGUGGGCUCAUAUAUUCUUAUAUACAUACAGCUGUAGCACACACAUUUUAAAGAUGUGUGGGGCAAUUCCCACUCUCCCUUGGUGGUUAAAGACGAGCAUUUGUGGAAAAAACUGAGGAAUUUGAUUUCUGACCUCAGGGAAGUUUUUUUCUGUGUGGUAAACUAGCCAACCCAUACAUCAACAGGUACACCACCUUCUAAUGUAACUGAAAUCCAUUGACUGGAAAAUAAUAGUUCCAGAAUAUGUAGCUUAUAUUUACAGAUGUCUGCUUCACCAAAUUAGGGUGGCCAAACAUCUUCCUUUGCUUGGGAUAGUCUCUACUUAUAGUUAAUGUCUCUAUUUAUAAAUACUUACUGUGAUUAAGUGUGCCUCCUUCCACUCUCAGAAGUGUCCUGAAUUUGGAUGAUAAAUUAUGAUUAACCUAUACCAAAUGGGAUCUAAUCCACAAAAUUUUUCUUUUGCCUAACAGAGUGAUCUUACCCUUUCCAGGCCAUUGUUCACUGUGAAUGCACAGUGAUUUCUUAAAAUGUAAACCUGAUUAGGUGGUCACCUUCUUUUUUUAUAAAGUCCUAGAAACUCUUCAUUCAGGGUAAGAUCCACAUUUCUUAGUUUGACAUUCAGAGUCCUUUGCCUACCGUCAUUCCCCGUCCCCCCGUUUCUGUCCCCUUUAUUGAAGCCACAUCAGGCUAUGUGAUAAGCCUGAAUGUGCCGUGUACCUUACAUAUGUCCAUGCCAUUGUUCCUGCUGUUUUCUCUGCCUGAAAUACUCUUCUUUCUUAGGUACCUUUUGUGAAGACUUUCGUGACUGCCAUGUAUAAUUUACUAUUUUAACUGCACUUUGUAUAUACCCCUAUUAUGGAUUCUGAGUAACAUACUGUCUCAUACAUUGAAAAUGGAAAACAGUUUUAUCCAUCCUUGUACUCUCAAUGCCUGGUACAAAUGGGGCACCCAAUAUUUUGUGAUUUGAGCUGAAUAAAAAUUAUUGAAACUG